CACAGCUGCAGUCACCGCCGCCGCCACCACCUCAGGGGAGGCAGAACUUGAGGCGCCAGGCUGGAGGGCAGCGCAGCUGCAGCCGCAGGGUCAUGGGGAGCCUGAAGGAAGAGUUGCUCAAGCCCAUCUGGCACGCCUUCACCGCCCUCGACUUGGACAAGAGCGGCAAAGUGUCCAAGUCCCAGCUCAAGGUCCUUUCUCAUAACUUGUGUACCUUGCUGAAUGUUCCUCAUGACCCAGUAGCCCUGGAAGAGCAUUUUAGGGAUGAUGAUGAAGGGCCUGUUUCCAAUCAGGGUUAUAUGCCUUAUUUAAACAGAUUCAUCUUGGAAAAGGUUCAAGCAAACUUUGACAAAAUUGAAUUUAAUAAAAUGUGUUGGACUCUGUGUGCCAAAAAGAACCUUCCCAAGAACACUUUGCUUCUUACUGAUGAGGAUGCUUUUAAAGUAUGGGUCAUCUUCAAUUUCCUGUCUGAGGACAAAUAUCCACUAACUAUUGCACCUGAAGAGAUUGAGUACUUGCUUAAGAAGCUUGCAGAAGCUAUGGGAUCAGGCUGGCAUCAAGAACAGUUUGAACAUUACAAGAUUGGCCUGGAUGCCAGUCGGGAAGGCCUUUCUGCUUGGGAAUUGAUUGAGCUCAUUGGAAGUGGUCGGUUUAGUAAAGGGAUGGAUAGACAAACAGUAUCUAUGGCGAUUAAUGAAGUCUUCAAAGAACUUAUAUUAGAUGUAUUGAAACAGGGUUAUAUGUGGAAAAAAGGCCAUAGAAGGAAAAACUGGACAGAACGUUGGUUUGUGUUAAAACCCAAUAUUAUUUCAUACUAUGUGAGUGAAGAUUUAAAAGACAAAAGAGGAGACAUUGUACUGGAUGACAACUGUAGCGUGGAGGCCUUGCCUGACAAAGAUGGAAAGAAAUGUCUCUUCCUUAUAAAGAGUUUAGAGAAAUGUUUUGAGAUUAGUGCUUCUGAUAAGAAGAAGAAGCAGGAAUGGAUUCAAGAUACAGAAAGUAUAUUCAGACAUACAGUCCCAGCACCCAUUCAAGCCAUCCAGACAAGUGUAAAUUUGCUGAAGCUAGGUAACCCUCCACCUCACAAGGAGGCUCGCCGGAAACGGAAAGAAUUGCGCCAGAAACUGCAGGCUGAGCAAGAGGAACUAGAAAGGCAAAUGAUAGAACUUCAAGUGGCAAAUGAAAACAAGCAGAAAGAACUGGAGACUGUCAGAAAGCAACUUGAAGAAGCGGCAGCUCGAGCUUCAGAAGAGGAGAAGAAGCGCCUGAAGACUCAAAUGGAAUUGCAGGAUCGAUUCUGUCUUGAGCUGGAGAGAGAAAAAAUGGUAAGGCAGAAAAUGGAGGAGCAAGUUGCUCAGAAGUCAUCUGAGCUGGAACAGCAUCUACAGAGAGUCCAGGAACUUGAAGAAAUGUAUAAGCAACUACAAGAGGCUUUGGAGGAAGAGAAACAGGCGCGUCAAGAUGAGGAGACUGUCAGGAGACUUCAGGCCAGGCUAUUGGAGGAGGAAUCAGCGAAGAGGUCCGAGUUAGAGAAAUUGCACUUAGAACAGCAGCAGACUAUUCAGAUGACAGAAGCAGAGAAGCAGGAACUGGAAAACCAGAGAAAGAUCAAGGAACAUGCUCUUCACGUUGCUAUGCAACAGUUAGAACAACUGGAACUCGAAAGGAAACAAGCUCUUGAACAAUAUGAGGGAGUGAGAAAGAAGUUGGAGUUGGCCGCAAACAAUACCAAGAGCUGGAAAGAUAAAGUAGCUCACCAUGAGGGAUUAAUUCGAUUAAUUGAACCAGGUUCCAAGAAUCCUCACUUGAUCACAAACUGGGGCCCAGCAGCCUUCACUGAAGCAGAACUUGAGCAGAGAGAGAAGAGCUGGAAGGGGAAAAGAAGCUCUCCUGACCAAUGAACAAGGCUGAAAUACUUUGUGAAAAAGAUAAAUAAAAUACUCUCAACCAGUUUAUUUCUUAAAAUGCAAAUUGGUUCAAGGGUCCAGUCAACAAGAUGGGAUCCAACUACAAAAUAUAAGUUGAAUGUAAUACGUUCAGCCUAAAUUAUGGCUGGGGGUGGGGAGGGCAAGCUAGUAACAGCCUACAGAAACUCUCUCUUGUAUCUAUAAUGAAAAUCAAGGAAUGUUUGAGUUCUGAUUUCUGUUUUUAUUUGUAGAAUUUGGAACUGGGUUUUUGUGGGAAGGAUUGGAACUCAUGAACCUUUACAGAAAAUGAAUUAACCUAGAUUAACAAACUAUAAAUUCAACAGUAUGGAGGGGUGAUAAAAGAAGGGGGAAAGAAGCUGUAGUAAUGUUCUCUCUGAUCAGGAAUUCAUUGUCUCACAGAGAAUGGUGUGGUUGAAAUAUCCUGUAAUUCCUUGCUCAUGUAGAUGGAGGACAUGCCACGAGGAGAAGAACCCCAAGAUAACAGUUUCUGAGUCUAGACAGUGUAAGAGACCUUGAAGAGUGUAAGAGAAAAAGUGAGAGUUUGUUUCUUGACUAAAUUAAAUGGUACCCAGCCUUUGACGCUUUCUGAUCAUUUAGUGAUAGGUGUGUGCAGUGCUGGGGAAUACAAACUUUUCUCUUUGAGAGAAGUAAAUUUCUGAUACUGUUAGAAAUCUGGCAAAGGUAUUGUGUUCUAGUGUUUUGGAAGAUUUAGUUUAUAAUCUAUACACUCAAAUAAUUGAAAUGGCAAAUAAUUGAAGCAUUGGCAGUGGCAGCUAUGGGCAGAGUGGGGCACCAUUUGGAUUUUCUGCCUUGGGUGCUAAAUGUCUAAUAUGAACACAUGGAUCUGCCUUACAGUGAAUCUGACCACUGACCCAUCAAGAUCAGUAUUGUCUACUCGGAUUGGUACUGGCUCUCCAGGUUCUCUGGUCAAAGUUUCUCAAGUCACGUAUCACCUAAUCCUUGUAACUGGACAUGCAAGGAUGUACUACGGUAAUCAAACAAUGUGCUUUAAAGCUCUCUCUGUUAAGAAACUGGAAGUAUCUUUAACAAGUAUACAUUGAUACUUGGAGCAAGGGUUUUUUUCCCCCUGGAAUAAAAUUACACAUUUUAUCCAUCAGCUUCCAAAACAAUGGGAAAUCACUCUGAUCCUGUUCAGGUGUCGUGAACAAACCUGAUGCAAAUUCAAGUUGUGCUCAGUCAAGAAGCUCCCAUAAGCCAGUCAAAUAUUCUCUCUAAGCUGCAUACAGGUUUGUUGCAAGGACAAAAUGAGUGAGGAGACAGGAGUGUAUGCUGCCCUGAGUUCCUAAGAGGGUUAUAUUGUCUGCUUUCGGGGCAAUGGUGAUGAUGCUUCUGGAAUUCCCUCUUCUCCACCUGUCAGUCAUAGUACUAUUGGCAUCAAUGAAUCUUAGAAAGUCCUUACCCUUGGGAUAAUGCUACUGCCCAUAUACUGGUGUAGAGAGGAGAUGAAAUCAAUGUUGCUUGAAGCCUCCCUGUUCUGAGGAACAGAGAAUUAGAUGGCUCUAACAUUGUAGUUCAGUAUUCUAAGACAUUCUUCAUCCCUUUGCAUGGGAUAAUUUUUGGGAAUGGUUCUUCCUGACUGGUGACCUUUAUUAAACAAAAUGCUUAAGCCAACCAGCUUCCUUAUAAAAUAUAGGUACUUGCUGAUGUUGCUUGCUGAUCAACUGCUCCUUACUUACCAAGCAUACAGUUCUCUCUGAUAGUAUAAAUAGUAAUACAGCUAAUACUUACCGUAUUUUGCAGAUAAAUGCCAAAUACUUUUUGAUGACAUUUUGAUACAGAGUAGCGUUUCUGAAUUCUAAGCCUUAAUAUCACUGGACUAAACUGUUACAACCUUGAAGAAUGUCAUUAAGUUCUGGAAAUCAAAGGUGGAAUCAAGCCAGUGCUGCCAAUCACUUCUUACUUGCAUUUCACUAGGGUUUGUACAAGGGACCCAUGCAAGCUGCCUUGAAAUUAAUAGGGAGCUGUGCUGGCUGAAUUAUAAGCCAUGAUUUUAGGUUUUUCAAAUAAACAAAUACAGAAGAGCACCAACUACAGUCAUCUUCUACAUUCCAUUUUUAUACUAAUUAAAAAGUUUUUGUUAAAAUAUUUUGAUUAAUGGUUAGAUAAAUGAGCAUCUCAUAUUCACAGUUAGUGUACAGUAAACAGUUCUUUUAAAAUUAUGGAUAUACUCAUAUCUCUAACUUGACUUGAGCUACCAAUAAUACACUGUUUUACUUGAUUGGAAAAUAACAAGGGAAAAGGUUAGCUAAUAUUUAUAAUGUCCAAACGCACCAGUUCAAUGUGUAGUGUUAAGAUGUAGGGUAGGCUAGUUUAAUUUUUUUGCUAACUACCAUAGUAUGUUGGACCAAUGUAAACAAAUACCAGUGAUGCAUGUUUUCGUAUGUUCUAUUUUUGUUUUACUGAAAUGUUCAUUAAACAAUAAAACAUUGCAUAUGA